ACACUGCAUUUAUAAUUUUAUAUGCCGGACACUGAAUGACGCGGCACUCUAUUCUACUGAUUAAGACCUGGACCCAUGAUUAACGACUUUCCAUUUCAAUCCCUCCCUUUCCACUCUCCCAUGAUUCGAUCCUCACUCCCACCAUUUUCUUUCCAUAAAUUUCCCUUCGGAAAGCUCAAUCGCACAUUAUCCUUUUAGGGUUUCGAAGAAUUUUUCAUUUUGACAUAUGUGCGGUGAAGGAUCUCUUUGUAAACGAUUGUAAUGAACAUGAGCCGGCCAUCGGUUCAUCCUGUGGAGGCUCCGCCCCUGACCGCUCAUAAUGCGCCGAGGGGGAGGAUGAAGGACAUUCAAGGUAUGCCUGGAACCCCUGGCGGUCUUGCUUUACGUCUCUGUCAGUUCGUUUUUGCUCUUGUCUCUCUCUCCGUCAUAACCACCACCUCCGAUUUCUCCUCGGCCAGCGCGUUUUGCUACCUUGUUGUUGCUGUUAGCUUGCAAAGUUUGUGGAGCUUGUCACUAGCAAUUGUUGAUAUAUAUGCCAUUCUGGUGAGACGAAGUUUGCGGAACUGUAGAAUUAUUAGUUGCUUCACCAUUGGCGAUGGGGUCACAUCUACUCUGACAUUUGCUGCUGCAUGUGCAUCUGCUGGCAUAACAGUCCUAAUUAGCAAUGAUCUUAAUAAAUGUAGCUUGAACCACUGCACAAGAUUUGAGACUGCUACGGCCAUGGCUUUUAUCAGCUGGUUUUCAGUGUCACCCUCUUUUCUCUUGAACUUUUGGUCAUUGGCUUCCCGGUAAGAUUUUAAUGGAAUAAUCCAUAAUCAGCAAACUUGUCUCUGCCUUCAUUGCUUUGUUUUUAGUUGUUUUUCGAACCUGUAACCCACCAUACAUACCAAAUAUGGAGAUCUGAUUUCUCCUACUUUGUAUAUAGGCAAGUUUUGCUAUACAUUUUUGUAAGCAUUUCAAAUACAUUGCAUUUACCUCUUUGCAAGCUACAUUUGU